UUUUGAUACCUACUUUUACUUCUGUUUAUGUUCACUGGGAGAUGUAAACUUAAUAAACAUCAUAUAAAACGUAAGUAAUUGUCGAUUUGUAAAAGCAGUUGACCGUAAUACUUGAAUUACGCAAUCGGAAUAUGUCUUUCAUUCGCACAUCUCGUCAACAUAAUGAAAGUUAUUGUGUUAUUGCGACCGAGUGAAAAGGAAGUGUGUUUCAAGAUGAUGCUGGCAGUAUUGUUGGUUUUUGGAGCUGUUGGUUUGGCGGAAUUGCAAUCAAUACAUCGGAAUAAUGUUGGUUCUCGAUCCAGAUUUUCCAACGUUAGUGUAAUCAAAGAUGAUCUCAUUGAUCAGUACAUUAACGAAUUGGCUCAACGGAAUGAUAUCACCGAAUUCAAACGAAUUCUCAAUCCUAUCCUAGUUGAACGUGUUGUUGGCACCGCAAGCCAUGAAGAAGUCAAAGAGUAUAUCGUUCGUGAAAUGAUAACUUUGAAAUGGAAUGUAGAACAAGAUUCUUUUCACGAUGUUACGCCAAAUCGAGGGAAAUUAUUAUUUACCAAUGUUAUUGCCACCAAUAAUCCAUCAGCUUCCAAGUUCCUGGUAUUUGCUUGCCACUAUGAUUCCAAAUUGAUGAAUUUUAAAUUCAUCGCAGCUACAGACUCGGCAGUUCCUUGCGCUAUGUUGAUAUACUUCGCUAAAGUUUUUAAUAGCUUGAAAAAACCCAUACCUUCGUCUAUAGGUUUGAAAUUCAUAUUUUUUGAUGGCGAAGAAGCUUUCGUUAGUUGGACAGCGACAGAUUCAGUCUACGGAGCACGUCAUUUAGCUAGUCAAAUGGAAGCUAGAAGUAAUUUAAAUCAAAUAGAUUUAAUGGUGCUGCUGGAUUUACUGGGCGACUCGUCACCUCAGUUUUAUAGUUUCUUUUCCAACACACACGUCCAGUAUCUUAAGUUGGUAACCAUUGAGAAACGUCUAAAAUCAAAAAAUUUAUUAGCGUCGGAAAAACCACCGACUCGGUAUUUUACCGGUAUUAAAUUCUUCGGAGCUGAUAUCAAAGACGAUCACGAACCGUUUUUGGUCAAAGGCGUUCCUGUUCUUCAUAUCAUUCCUCAUCCAUUUCCAAACGUUUGGCAUACUGAAUUCGAUAACGAAAACAUAAUCAAUUACGAUACUGUGAAAAAUUUAUUGUUGAUCUUCGAAGUGUUCAUUGUGCAAUAUUUGACCGAUGCGGAAUCGAGCUUUCCUCUUUGAAAGCUGUUCAUCUCAUUUGUGAUGGAAUUCAUUGUUUUUCCUUCUUUUAUAAGGCUAAAAAGAAUCUUUUGCAUUUGUUAUUAUAUUUUUUAAUUGUUUGUGUUUAUUUUAAAAAUAAUUUUCCAUCCGUUUACAUUAUAAUGAUAUUUUGUGAUUUCAUGUGAAUGGUUGUUUGAAACCUGAUCUGAUUUUCAAUUUGUGACCCAUUUAUUGCAUUUUAAAUAAUUGUUGUUUUUUGUGAUGAAUAAAUUUGUUGAAUUUUUUGAAACAA